AUGCUUCAAAAUACAAAAUUCGGAUGGAUUGUUACCGGGUCCUUUUCAAUGCCUUCUAAUAAAUAUCCCAUUAAAUCGAAAUGUAACUUAAUUGCAAACGAGUCAGUUCAAAAUCAGUUACGUAAAUUUUGGGAAAUCGAGGAAGUCGAUAAUCAAAAGGUAUGGUCUCUUGAGGAGAAUGCAUGCGAAGAGCAUUUUAUAAAUAACUUAUUAGUUACCAAAAAUGGUAGAAUUAUGGUGUCCCUACCACUCAAAGAAUCGCCGAAAAUGUUAGGAGAUUCACGUAAUAUUGCCAUGAAGCGGUUUUUGUCGCUUGAGCGGCGUCUUAUAUCAAACGAAAAAUUGCGUGAAUUAUAUACAGAUUUUCUAACGGAAUACGAGUCUUUAGGUCAUAUGACAGUUAUUGAAGAUGACGAUCGUGAUUUGUCCGAUUCGGUAGAAUAUUAUAUGCCCCAUCAUGGCGUGUUUAAACAGUCUGAUUUAUCCACAAAAUUACGGGUAGUUUUUAAUGCGUCUGCCCCUACGUCUACUGGAAUUUCUCUCAAUGACCUCCAAAUGACCGGUCCUAUUAUACAACGCGAUCUUUUAUCCAUUUUACUUGAUUUUCGAAUGCGAUCAAUAGUUAUAUCUAGCGACAUAAAAAUGAUGUAUAGGCAAGUUCUUGUAAGUCCUGAGGAUCGAAAACUACAAAGGAUUCUAUGGCGUACAUCACCAAACGAAACUAUUAAAACUUACGAAUUAAAUACAGUUACUUAUGGUACAACAGCUGCAUCGUUUUUAGCAAUUCGUUGUUUACAUCAAGUAGCCGAUGAAUGCGAAAACGAGCAUCCUAUUAUAGCAAAUAUCAUUCGAAAUAAUAUGUACGUUGAUGAUCUUUUGGCGUCAGUGGAUUCUGAGGAAGACGCUAAGUACAUUGUCGAAAACAUUUCAAAAAUUUUAUUCAAACGCGGGUUUGAACUUAGAAAAUGGAAAAGUAACAAAAAAAACGUUUUAUUAGGCAAUCAUUCAGAUUCAAAUGUAGUCGAGUUUUCGGUUAAUAAGGAAGGGGAAUCGAAAACUUUAGGACUUUUAUGGGGAUGCGACCGCGAUAUUUUAACUUAUAAAAUUCGUAUCAUUCAAAACCAAAAUUAUGAUAAUUAUAUAACUAAACAAACCAUUUUGUCUACAAUUGCGACCAUUUUUUAA